CGAGCGAGGCCGCGGCGCGGCCCGCGAGUGUCCGUCCCGGUGCGUGUGCGCGGCGCCGCCGGGUCCCCAUGGCGCCCUGAGCGCGGCGGUGGCGGCAGGUUCCCUGGGCCGCGCCCUCGGCCGUGAGCGAGCUCGAUGCCGAGCACCUCGGACGCGGCGGCCGGCGGGAGCGGGGGCAGCCGCGGCUGGGGCAGCGGCGGUGGCAGCAGCGCGGCGGUGGAGGCGGCGGCCGACAAGAAGCGGCUGCACCACCGGAGACGGAAGCGCUUCGCGGCCCAGCCGCAGCCCCCGCCGCCGGCCCCGCACCCGCUGCUGUUCCCGCUGCUGCAGCCGCCGCUCCUGCAGCCCCCGCUGCUGCAGCCGCCGCUGCCGCCACAGUCACUGCUCUUCCUGGCGGCCACCGGCGCCUCCUCCUGUUGCGGGGACGGCGGGGAGCGGAAGCGACCGCGAGGCAAGCGGCGCUCGGGCUCCCGGCACAAGCGCCGGCGGGGCCGCGGCGGCGGCGGCGGGGGCACCCAGGAGGCGGAGAAGCGGCGCGGUAGCGGCGGGUUGAGCACUCUGGUGGAGGAAUACGACGAUGUGAGCUCCCAGUCCGAGGGACUGUUGGGUGGUGGCGCUGCCGGCGCGGGCAGCGGCGGGGGCAGCCCGGGCUCCUCUUCGGGCGGUGGGACCCAGCGGCAGCGGGGCGAGGCGGAGCGAAGCGGCCGGUCCCGUCGGGAGCACCGCGGUAGCAGCGGGCGCUCCAAAGAGCGGCACCGAGAGCAUCGCCGGCGGGGAGAGGAAAAGACGCAGCAGGAGGGGGCGGCGGCAGCGGGCCGCGGGGCGUCCGAGCCCUCCUCGUCCUCCAAAUCCCGCAGCCGUCACAAUCACACCGGGAGCCAAGACCGGGAGGGACUCAAGAGCAGCAGCAGCAGCGGCGGUGGCAGCGACGGCCGCAGGAAGGGCUCCCUUGCCUCACCCAGCAGCGGCAGGAAAGACCGGGAGAGCAAAUCGCACCGCAGCCGGACUAAAACGGCCAAAGAGCCGCCGUCGGCGUACAAGGACCCUCCGAAGGCUUACCGGGACGACAGGCCCGAGCCCAAGGCGUACCGGCGGCAGCGCUCGUCGCCCAGCCCCUGCCGGGAUGACAGCCCUCCUCUGCACCGCUCCUCGCAGAGUCAGCGCAGCCGCAAGUCGCUCAGCCCGGUGGGCGCCCGCUCGCCACUCAGCCCCUACAGCCGACGCCGAUCCCCCAGCUACAGCCGGCACAGCUCGUACGAGCGCGGCGGGGAUGUGUCGCCCAGCCCCUACAGCAGCUGGCGCCGGUCGCGGAGCCCCUACAGCCCCGUUAUCCGGAAAUCAGCAAAAUCUCGAAGCAGAAGUCCAUAUUCAUCAAGGCACUCCAGGUCUCGUAGCAGACACAGAUUGUCUAGAUCCAGAAGUCGUCAUUCAAGUAUCUCUCCUAGUACAUUGACUCUGAAGAGUAGCCUGGCUGCUGAGCUGAACAAAAACAAAAAAGCAAGAGCUGCUGAGGCGGCCAAAGCCAGUGCAAAAGCUUCCAAUACUUCAACACCUACUAAGGGAAACACUGACACUGCUGUAAGUGCACCUCAAGUGAACAAUGUUAAGGACCUGAAGAAAAUCAAAACUGAGGCUGCACCUUCUCCUACCAGCAGUGCAAAUCUGAAAAAUGACAAGGCAAAAGCAAAGGUCUCACUUCCUGAAACAAAAGCGGAAAAUAAUUUAAUUACAGACAAAAAUACUAAACUGAAGCCUGCAGCAGUAAAAGAGAAUAAAUUGACCAUUGUGAAACAGCCACCAGUCCCUGUAAAAGAGAAAAGCAAACCGAGUACACCAAGUGUAGUAGCCAAGGAGAAGGAUCGAAUUGUUGCACUUCCAACCUCCACAUUGCCGCCCUUGCCUUUGCCUCCCACGCUGCCUGAAGAUAAAGAAACUGAUAGUUUGAGAGAGAAUCUUUCAGUGAAGUCAGUUAAAGAAACAGAGAAGAAGCUUCGCCAUCUGCUUGCAGACUUGCCACUUCCACCUGAGUUGCCUGGCGGAGCUGAGGUACCCAAAAGCCCUGAAGAAAAGAAAUCAGCAGUUCAGUUACAUAGCAAGAGAAGACCAAAAAUAUGUGGACCACGACAUGGUGAAACGAAAGAAAAAGAAAUAGACUGGGGAAAGCGCUGUGUGGAUAAAUUUGAUAUCAUAGGUAUUAUUGGUGAAGGCACUUAUGGGCAAGUUUACAAAGCCAGAGAUAAAGAUACAGGGGAAAUGGUAGCGCUGAAGAAAGUGCGUCUGGAUAAUGAAAAGGAAGGGUUUCCAAUUACAGCUAUUCGAGAGAUUAAGAUUCUUCGACAGCUUAAUCAUCAAAGCAUUAUCAACAUGAAGGAAAUAGUGACAGAUAAGGAAGAUGCUUUGGACUUCAAGAAGGACAAAGGUGCAUUUUACCUGGUAUUUGAAUAUAUGGACCAUGACUUGAUGGGACUGCUGGAAUCUGGUUUGGUUCAUUUUAAUGAAAAUCAUAUUAAAUCUUUUAUGAGACAGCUGAUGGAGGGCUUGGCCUAUUGCCACAAGAAGAACUUUUUGCACAGAGAUAUCAAAUGUUCAAAUAUUCUACUAAAUAAUAGAGGGCAGAUAAAGCUUGCAGAUUUUGGGCUUGCUCGGCUGUACAACUCAGAGGAAAGCCGACCAUAUACCAACAAAGUUAUUACGUUAUGGUAUCGGCCUCCUGAACUUCUCCUUGGGGAAGAAAGAUACACACCAGCUAUUGAUGUCUGGAGCUGUGGCUGUAUCCUGGGUGAACUUUUUACAAAAAAGCCAAUAUUUCAAGCAAAUCAAGAACUUGCUCAACUGGAACUCAUAAGCCGAAUUUGCGGAAGUCCUUGUCCAGCAGUGUGGCCUGAUGUUAUAAAAUUAGCUUACUUCAACACAAUGAAACCAAAGAAGCAGUAUCGUCGAAAAUUGAGAGAAGAGUUUGCUUUCAUCCCACCGGCUGCAUUAGAUUUAUUCGAUUAUAUGCUUGCCCUGGAUCCCAGCAAGCGCUGCACAGCUGAACAAGCUCUUCAGUGUGAGUUUCUGCGAGAUGUGGAACCAUCUAAAAUGCCUCCUCCAGACCUUCCUUUGUGGCAAGAUUGCCAUGAGCUGUGGAGUAAGAAACGCAGAAGACAGAAGCAGAUGGGCAUGACUGAUGACUCUACAGCAGCUAAAGUCCCUAGGAAGGAUCUGUCUCUAGGCAUGGAUGAGAGCAGAACCAACACCCCACAAGGCAUGCAAACUUCUUCCCAACUCAAAACUCAGGGCAGCUCUAGUGUAGCACUUGCAAAAACAAGCACUGGACAGCAGUUAAACCAGAAUGAAGUGGCAAUCCUGCUAAACCUGCUACAGUCUAAAACAAGUGUUAGUUUGGCACAGUUUGCCCAAGUAUUGAAUAUUAAGGUAAACCCAGAGACUCAGCAGCAACUAAAUAAAAUAAAUCUUCCUGCUGGAAUUUUGUCAGCAGGUGAAAAACAGUCAGAACAGCAGCAACAGCAGCCGCCACCACCUCCGCCACCACCUCCAGAGCAGGAGCCUCUAAAACAGCCAAUGGUCACGCAGCCCCCUGUGCCACCUGCUCAGCUGGGUCAGCCUAAAGUUGAGACUGAUGCUGCCCAGGCAGCUGUGCAGAGUGCAUUUGCUGUUCUGUUGUCUCAGUUAAUAAAGGCUCAGCAAACAAAACAAAAAGAUUUUGUGUUGGAGGAGAAGGAAAAUGGAUCAGGAAAUGAAAUGUCAUUACAACUCAGGCAGCCUCCAGAGCCCACCACUCCUGUGUCUGUGAGCCGGGACGACGUGGAAUCUCCAGCACCUGGCUACCCACAUCUGAUCAAGUCAUUAUACAUGUCUGCAGGUCAAGAGGAUUUGGUCAGGCAGUCGGAGAUGAGGCUUCUGAACCAAACACCUGAGCAGGAGCGCCCUCGGAUCCUGCCUCCAGACCAGCGUCCCCCCGAGCCACCGGAGCCUCCACCACUCACUGAUGAAGACCUCGAUUAUCGGACAGAGAAUCAGCAUUUGCCUGUAAGUAACUCUGCAGGAACAGAUCCUCAUGCGGGAGUGAAAGCAGCUCUUCUGCAGCUGCUGGCUCAGCAUCAAGCUCAGGCGACAACAGAGGAGCCAGUACAAACAAGUGUGGAUUAUCAGGCUAGAGACUCCUAUGUAACAGGCCCAGACUACAAGGAUAACUUUGGAUCAUCGUCUUUCUCAUCUACCUGUUACAGCACUAGCGAUGGAAUAGGAAGCGGAUCAUCAGGAGUAUUAGAAAGGAGGAGUUUCCUUGGAAACUCAGAUAUCCAGUCUUUGGAUAACUACAGUACUGCUUCAUCUCACUCUGGUGCUGCCCCUCCUCCAUCGGCCUUUCCGGAAUCCUUUCCCAGCUCAGUAACUGGUUAUGGAGACAUUUACCUCAACACUGGCCCCAUGCUGUUCAGUGGAGAUAAAGACCAUAGGUUUGAAUACAGCCACGGCCCAAUCCCGGUUUUGGGGAGCAGCAGUGAUGCUUCCACAGGGCCAGAGAGUGCACACUCUUUGCCCACAAAGAUACACAACUAUAGCUAUGGAAGUAAUUUACAGGAAAAUCCCACUGGCAUCAGCCACAUGCAUGGACAGACUUGGACUUCUCCUGCCCAAGGACCUGGCUAUUCCCAAGGAUACAGGGGACACAUUAGCACAUCUGCAGUGAGAGGGCGAGGCAGAGGAUUACCAUACUGAGUAUCUGUUUUUCCUCAGGCACAUCAUUUUUAUCUGGAAAAACUUUUUCUCCCCGCCAGCUGCAAUUUAAAGCAGCAGUUCAACAGACUUGAAUAAUAUUAAUUCAACAGCUUUAUUUUUAUGUGGAAAAGGGUCUUGCAUACAGUAGGAAAAAUUAAAAAAUGCUUACAACUCAUACUGUCUAAAAACUAGAUGACUUGAUUGUACAUGUUCACAAACUCUAGUUCUGACUUUUAUUUUGUAUUUUGGCAGUUUUAAGUGGAUGCUAAAUUUAGGGACAUCAGCUUUUUAUGGCACUCUUUCGAUCUUCUGAACUAUGCACAUUUGUGCUUUUUUUGUAAGUUUGGACCAACUUUUAUGUAAAAAAAAAAAGAAAUUUUACAACAAUCAAAGCAGGGCACUGAUUUAUUUGGUAUUUUUCUUUUUACAGAACUACCUUUAGUCAAAGGUCACUGUCAGUCUUUGCACUGCUUUCAGUGUUAUUGUGGAAGGUGUACUUCGUGCUCAUUUCAGAUAAUAAAACACAACCUUUCUCUUGAUGCAAAAUUUUAUAAGUAUUUGGUCAACGUUUUUUUUUUUCUUUCAAGAAAAAAAAGAAUGGGUGUUCUGGUAAAAUGUUCUCUCCAUCUCCCACGGUUGUUUAUAUAAAAACUGUUUUACUUGAAUGGUAAGUGCCUUAACAUGUAAGCUUAAGGUCUGCGAAAAUUUGGAAGUACUUCAUAGGUUGCUAUGAACAUAAUGCCUAAACCUAGGUAAUUAACAAGAGAAUUCAGAUAAUAAUAAGAAACUCAAACAGGUCAUAAUCUUGUGGUGUUUACUUCACAUGGGCCAGUUACUUAGAGACCUGAUCUUACCUAGAUAAAAUUGUAAUUUCCAAAUUGAACUUCAUGAGAAGCAUUGAAAGUGAGGAGAAGAAUGAAGAGUGUAGUUUUUCCUUAGCUUCCUGUUGGAGUUGUAGUGUUUUAGUUCCUCUGCCAAAUAAACCAUACUUUAUAUGUCCUUACCAAGUGAUGAAAUAUUUUUUUCUCUUAAAUGUCAACAGCAGUAAUUUCUUUACUUUGUGUGAAAAGCUCACACUGUUUGUCUUUUUACCCCAAGUACUGCAUUGUAGGAAGUAACCAAAGGAAAAAUGACCAGUAUUUAAAGCAACGGCAAAAUGUUUUACACUAGUUGUAAUUUGAUGUAAACUUGUGAUUGUGCUAAUUAAUUGGGUUUAUAUCUGCUAUUCUACUGAACAUUUUAUAAUUGGAAUUGAGUGUCUCGGAGCAACUGAAAUUUUUAUAGUUAAAACUCUUACCAAGAGCCACUCCUCUUACUAAUUACAACUUCGGGCACUUUUUUUUUUGCUUCUUCUGACAACAAGUGGUCUCUCCUGCAGAGAGGAGGUAUGGUUAUAUUUUGCCUGUAUGUAAAAGGACGUCUUGAAGCCCAUAUUGGAAACAAUUUUCCAACUGAUUAUCCAGUUGACAAAUCGGUACCUUAUGUAACUGAGUGUUUAAAUACUACUUUUUAAAAAGUAAAAUUUCUACUUCCACUAUUACAAAUGUCUUGUCAAUGACUUUUUGGAUUUUCAGAAUAGAAGCCAAAGCUGUUGGUGAUCUGUUUUAAUUGAAAAUCCUGAUUCAUAUAUGGCUAAUUCCCACACUGUAGAGCAUGGACAGACUCCCUUUGCUAACUGUGUAGUGUUUGAGGAUCUGGCAGAUGAGGAAUGGAGUCCUGCUGCUUACACUGUCCCCAAAUCUGGCAGUUGCCUUCACUAGACACAGUAGAAAAUCCUGCCAUCUGAAAAUAAAAGUGGCCAGGUCAGAAACAAAUACAACUUGAACAGCCUGUGCUUAAGAAAGGCAAAAGCUUCACUGAAUGACAGUGCACUGGACCGUUUUUUCUUAAGAGUAAAGACAUCCCCAUAGCACUUUUCUGCUAGUAAAAUUUUGAAGAUGAAAAUCGUUAUUUAGAUAUGGACAGUGUUGAUUAAGGCUCUUUGUUUACUAAUCUUUAAAAAACCCAGACCCACAAAUAUAUGCACAGAUGGCUUGUUUGUUUGUUUGUUUGUUUGUUUUGGUUUUUUGGGAUUUUUUUUUGGUUUUUUUUUUUUUUUUUUAUAAUUAAGCAAAACACUUUGAAAGUUUAUAUGCAUUUGCUUCCACUAACAGUGUGCAGUCUGGGGUUACUCACCUGCACUUCAAGUGUAACUGCAGGCAAUAGUUGGCUAAAAUCACAGGUAAAUUCAAAUGGAAAGUAGAUCUCAGAGAACUAAAUUAAUUGACUUUUAACACAAAAUACAAGGAAGAAGUUGGCUCCUACCUUCCCUUUUGGACAUAAAUUUUCAUGUCAUUCAGUUAGCUUCAUUCAAUGCAGAGAAGUCGGUCCCCUCUGCAUGUGUAGAUGUGUGUGCAGUUUCCUUGCAGGCUGGCAGUACUCUCAGACGUUGUUCCACCAAAAUGGAUUUCAGUCUUAGGCCAUGAAAAAAUCCCCAACAGCCUCAACACAAAUAAUCCUGACUGUGAAGAGAGAGGAGGUGCAAUAAGCAAUUUACUUCCAGAUGAAUCAGAAACAGAACUCUGGCAUGUUGUUGCAGAUGAACACUGUAUGAUGGCUUUUCCCCAGCUUAAGUAUCACUAGCCUGUGACUUCGAACACUGUAUUUGCCUAUGACAACAGUGUUGGGAUAAUUUGGAGGGAAAGUGAAUGUAUUUCCAUAUGUGAUAACUCUGAAAAGAUUGCCUUCUCUGCAGUCCAGGGAAUCUUCUUGGCUCCUUUCCUCCUCGGCUGCUGGGGGCUGGGUGCAGGUGGGCAGCCCUGCCCUUGAGGGUGUGGCAGGAGGAUUGGUGCCUGCAGCCACUCUCCCCUGGCCUGGAAUUGUGUCUGGGCAAGUUAGCUGCCAAGGAACUGCCCACAUCUAAGGACACUAGGUCCACACUCAUUUGUACCGGACCUGUGUAUUACCUGUCAGCAUUUAUUUUGAGUUAAAUCACAUGAUGAGGUGCUUAUGGCAGUAUUUUACCCUUAUGUGUGAACUCGUACUCAGCAGAGAGUCUGCACUAGUUUGGCAUUUUACAUCAUGUGGCUCUUGCAUUCUUGAUGCAGUAGUAGACAUUCUGAAAACAGCGUUAUUUUUCUGUGGAGCCAUGCCUUUAUGACUUUCUCCCUCGUUCUUUUGGGUUUAUGUUUUCCAUGCUGCAAUUCCAAAGUGAGCUACAGAGACCUGGAUACUACAUCGAAAAGUAAGUGUUGUGCGUUUGUAUUUCUAAAUAAACGUAGUGAAAUACUGUAAUAAUGGACUAUCAAAUAGCAAGUACUGCAUUAUUUAUAUUAAGUGGUCUUUAGCCAUACCAAGAGGAAGAAAGCAAGCACGACUGGACUGCUUAUGACCAUGACUUAAAAUGCUUAGACUAUUACAAUGCUUAAAUUCAGCCAAAGGAAAAGGAAACCACUUUUAUGAAUUGCUAGUUGUUGUUAUCCUGAACAGAAUGAGGAGUACUAGGGAAGAGAUAUAAAAAUACAUGUAUCUUUAAAUGUUAAUAUAAUUUCUUGGAAAAAUGAUUUUAAAAUGGCAAACUUUUAUAUUUUCUUAUGUUUCCAUAAAGUGUGGUCUCUUUAAUUUUCUCCAUCCCACAGUAAUGCCAGGUGCUUUCUAGAGGCAGAGGCAGUAAGUGUCAUGUUGUAAGUUCUUACGGUUUUGAAUGCUCUUCUUUUGCUUUCAGUUUUGGUGGAGGCAGUUUCAGUUUUGGUGAAGUUUACAGUUGGAUGAGUUUAAUAGAUAAUUGUGUGGUAAAAACUGAAGUACUGAAGUAACACAGGAUACCUCUUGUCUGCAGGCAAAUUAGGUCUUGGACUAUGAAUUCUGUUUCCGAGAGAGAAAAAUGUCAGAUGUACUACUUGCAUUCUUCUUUUCAUUAAUAAAACACACACGUGUUUUACAUACAACAUUUCUCCACCCUGUUCUGUUAUAGUGUUUUUUACAUAAGGAAAUUUUACCCUUCUUAAGAGUUUUGGGAUGUUCUGUAUUUGUAGAAGUGUGUCAUGGAAUUAAGGAAUCACCAGAAAAUUUAUUUGAAUUCUAUAUUUAAAAAUAAAAUGACCUUGGGUUGACUUAAAAUCAAAUUGACUUGCUUAUCAGGGUGAAGAAACUUUAUUGCAGGAGUUAUUUCGAGACAACUCGAAUUUAAAGUAAAUUGUUAUGCUUCAGCUUGCUUACUCUUUGUUAUUUUAAGCCAUUUGUAUAUAAAAUGUAUUGUGUGGCCUGUAAAUAAAAUACUUGAAAAUUGAA